AUGGCGAUUAAUGAUUUAGAACAUAAAAAUGCAACUGUCACAGCUGAAAAUGCAUCACAUGCAUCCUCCGAUGAUGAAUUUGAGGAAGGUGUUACAAUUGCAGUCACUCACCCUCUAUACCUAGCUCCGGGCGACACAAGUGGAAUUUCAUUGAUUUCAUUCCAGCUGACUGGCACUGAUAAUUACUCCUUGUGGUAUCGAUCUAUGCGUAUUGCAUUACUUCGCCGCAAUAAACUAGGUAUUGUUGAUGGCAGGUGGCCAAAAGAGCGAUUUUUUGAGAAGUAUUGGUAUCAAUGGGAACGAUGCAAUGCAAUUGUGUUGUCAUGGCUGAUGAACUCAGUUGCACCAGCCUUAAUCAGUAGUAUUGCUUAUGCCACUAGUGCACAGAAGGUGUGGACAGAUUUACAAGAGAGGUUUGACAAAGUGAAUGAUACUCGUUGCUACAAUUUGCACAAGCUCAUGGACUUUUGGGAUGAAUCUGAGUCUGGUAUACCCACUCCUGACUGUGAUUCUAUUAAGACAAAGGAGUUUAUUGUACAUCUACGAAAGCAAAAGGUGUAUCAGUUUCUAAUGGGCUUGAAUGACUUUUACUCUCAAGCUCAUAGUCAAAUACUUAUGAUGAAGCCACUUUCUUCAGUAAAUCAAGCAUAUGCCAUGCUAAUGAGUGAUGAAAGCCAAAGAGUUGUAGCUGCUUCUGCUGGUAUUUUAGGAGCUUCACCUAAUGUUUCUCAGCAACCACCAAUGCCUCUUUUGCCUGCAUAUCAAAAUCCUCAACAGACCAUGACUCAAGGAAUUGAGUAUUCUCAAGCAAUGAAUCACACACAAGGUCAUUCUGGUCCUCAAGCUCUAGCAUGA